AUGAUUUUAAUUUUACAAGAAUGUGAUAAUAAUUUCUUAUCUUGCUUCAGAUAUAUUAUACUUGCAAUCUUGUCUCUAAUUAUUGCAAUAAUCUCAAUUAGCUGGUCCUUAUAUUAUUACAAAGCUCAUGGAUCAUUAAAAUAUGAAAUAGCACCGAUGCUCUGUUGUUGCUUAUAAGCUAUAGUUCAUUUAGUUCAAUACACCAUUUAUAAUUCAAAUCGAAUGAUAAUUUCUGCUAGCAUAUUACAACUAUUUACCUUUAUACUUGUUUCACAAAGCUUGGCCAAUUUGAGAUAUCGAUUUAAAUAUGCAGAUGACAUGGAAAAAAGAAAAAACAAAUACUUGAGAUUGAUGAUUGGUAAAGGUGCCUUUUAUUUGGUUAUAUUUUCAUUGUAAUUUUUCUUUUUCUUUGAAAUUGAUGAUUCUUCUUGCAAUAAGUAUGCUAACCAUAGUUUAAAUCUUGAUCUAUUAGAAGUACAAAUACUCAUAAUCACUAUAUUCACAUAAAUACAUGGUUAAUCACUGAUCUACUAUAUUAGAAGGAAAGAAGAAUUAUAAAACCAAAAUUCAGAUUAAUAUUCCUAAUUUCUUGACAGCUCAUCAAUGCCAAAAAAUACCCUAAGCAUGAAAUUAAAAUAGAUUAAAUUAGUUAUAUGGGCAUAAACCAUUACAAUGAUAACAUUCAUAGUGCUCAUCAUAAUUAUGUACAAUACCAACAAAGAAUUAUUUUGUUUUUAAUAAAGCAAAGAAGAAUAAUAUUCUGUUUUUUAAAUAAGCAUUCAAAUAUUUUUUACAGGAGUACAACAAUUUCCUUGUUUAUAUAUACCUUAUGCAUUUUACUAUGCUGAAAAACCGAGAUCAAUAUCAAGAACACCUGUUAUUGAUUUCAAUAUUUAACAAGAGGAAUCUACUGCUGAAUAACAGAUUUAUAAAACAAGAAAAGAUAGCUCAUUCGAUGACAAUUUUAUUAAAAUGAUUCAUAGUAUAUAAUAAAAUGAUUGA